AUGGACGGCCUCCACGACGCGGCGGCGCCGCCGCCGCCGCAGCAGAAGCGGGACGAGUGGAGCGAGGGCGGCAUCUCGCGCCUGCUCGAGGCGUACGAGGCCAAGUGGCUGCUGCGCAACCGGGCCAAGCUCAAGUGGUCGGACUGGGUCGACAUCGCCAACGACGUCUCCGCGCACUGCUCCUCCUCCUUCUCCGAGGCCGCGGGGAAGCCCGGCCACGGCCACGGCCCCGGCGGCAGCGCCAAGACGCCCAACCAGUGCAAGAACAAGGUCGAGUCCAUGAAGAAGCGCUACCGGGCCGAGUCCGCCGCCGCAGCGCGCGCUGGCACCAGCCCUGGAGCUGGAGCCGCGGGUGGCGGCACGUCGUGGCGCUUCUUCGGCCGCAUGGACGGGCUGCUCAAAGGGCCAGCCGCUGCCAGCUGCUCCGGUCAGCUGCACACGGAGCCGACCAGCAGCAUCAUCAGCGCAGACCUGUGUGCAGUCCAAACUGCAAAAGCAGAGCCGGAGAUCGACGCCCACGCCGAAGCAGCCAUUGCCGCCCUUCGGCAGCCGCCGCCGGACGCGGGGCCAGCAGCCAUCCCGCUCUCCGACCUGCUAAAUGCCGACGCAAAUGGUUCUGCUUCUGCGGUGGAGAAGGUGGAACAGCUCAUCCAGAAACAGAGCAGCAGGGCCGCGGACAGCGAUGCCGCCAACGUGAGUUCCCCGAGGAGCAAGGAGGAGGCGAACGGCGGUGGCGCAGAGACACCGUGUGAUGACGACGUGUUGCCCUCCAGGAAGCGGAAGGGCUCCGGCUCGGAGCUCGACGUCGCGCGGAGCAUCGAGCUGCUGGCGAGCUCCUUCGUGAAGAUCGAGCGGGCCAGGAUGGAGAUGUACCGGGACACGGAGAGGAUGCGCGCCGAGGCCGAGGUGAAGAAGGGCGAGAUGGAGCUCAAGAGGACGGAGAUCAUGGCCAAGACGCAGCUGCAGAUCGCCAGGCUCUUCGCCAAGAGGCUCAGGGAGUUUGGCGGCAACGGCAGAAACGGUGGCAGCUCUUCUGAGGUGGAUGGCAUUGCCAAGAAAGGCGAAAAUGGUUCAGGGUGAUUUGGCCGCGAAAAGGGUGAUUUGGCCGCGAAAAGCAGCUGUGAUCCCCCUCUCCAAAGCAGGUCAACCGUCAGCUCUCCUUGGCAUCACACGGCUGGCUUUUCGACAAAGGCCUGUGUCGAACCGUUCUCGAGCCAAAAAGAUGUAAUGUGCCCGAUUGAUUCUUCUUCACCAUUAGUGAAGACAUAGUUAGCUGUCAGACCAAAUCGCGAAGCGAGGAAAACGAUCAGGAGUGGUAGUGUUGCUAGUCCAGAAUCUGUUGCCUGGCUUUUGCUGAAGUAUUUUGCUGACAA